UCCACAAGUUUGAAAAGAAGCUACAUUUCAAACUUCAUAAACCUCUUCCACCGAAAAACAAAGCCCAAGAUUUAAGUCUCUAAAUAUGGAGAUUUUACGUCACUUAGUAGAAGAAAAGCCAGUGGUGAUAUUCAGCAGAACUUCCUGCUGUAUGUCCCACUCAAUGAAACAACUUAUCAGCAGCUAUGGAGCAAAUGCAACAGUAUAUGAGCUCGAUGAAACUGCAGACGGAAACGAAAUUGAGAAAGCAUUGCAAAGACUUGGGCAAGCACCUAGUGUUCCUGCAUUGUUUAUAGGCCAGAGGUAUGUUGGUGGGGCUAAAGAAAUCAUCAGCCUACAAGUGCAAGGAAGACUAGUGCCAAUGCUAAGGGAAGCCAAGGCCAUAUGGGUAUGAAAUUACCAUCUAUUAACAGCUGCCUUUUCCCCCCACUUUCUCCACUUAAAAAGAGCUUCUUAAUCCUGUAUUUAGUUCAGUCCUCAGAUCAGGGUUGGAAUCAGUUUUGUAGCUGAUGAGCAUAAUGUAAUAUAUUAUUAUGAGUAUAAAAUAAUGCCGGACAUUUGAAACAGGUAUCAUAAGCAAAGAGUAUGUGACUUCAAAAAUGAGUAUUAGAAUAAUAUAGUUCUGUUGCAUGUAACCAUAUCGUUACAUAGAGUUGAGAAUCAAGGUUAGCCUAGUGGUUGUAAGGUCC